GGGUAGCCUAUUUGAGAGACAUUUCUCAUGAACACGGUGUAACACUAACGCAAACCUUUGGCCUGUCACAGGAGGGUGCGAAGCAUUUUGAACAAAGCCAACAGUUGAGUUGAAAUGGGUGGAGAAAGGCAGAAUAAGUUGUUCGCAGAAAUCUGACAUCUGGAGGCCAAAGACGGACAAACAUAUCUGUCAAGUCGAACCAGUUUAUUUGACGAAGGGUUAGCACACGUCCCUAUCUUUGAUCUGUGGCGAUAUGUCGUAGUAGUAGGACAACACAUAAAGGCAUAGGCUCUUGUAGGCUACGGUAGCCUAAACACCAGAGGGAAAGGCGGCUAAUCAAACAUGUCAAUGGGCGCCGAGUGGGAGUCAUGAUCUCACGAGCAGUUUUGCAAUUGCAGAGAUGCAAUCUCAUUUAAAUACCAUGGGGAUGCGCGCACACACGCACACACACACAAAGUGAACCAAACGGCCAACUGUCAGCGCCAAAAUAUCCCACAGGCUACGCAUCGCAUUAGGCAACAGUACCCAGCUCUACCGCGCUGAAAAGCUCUGCUGCAUCAAGUUCUUUUGGCAAUUGUGUACUGCGUGUUCCCUCAGACUUGCCGUAUUACUGUUUGCGUGCCUGUGCUGCUACAUUUGUGCCAUUCUCUUGCGUUUUCCGAACUUUCUCAUUUGGGAGGUGGAAGAGAGUAAACAUGUCGGCGAAAGGAGGGGGAACUAGAGGCUUCUAUUUCAAUACAGUUCUUUCGCUCGCCCGGUCCCUGGCCGCGCACCGACCAGCGCCUAUAGAAAAGGUGCAGAAGCUGCUAUGCAUGUGUCCAUCAGACUCUCGGGGAGCAUUCACUCUCGACAUCCGCCGCAGGGAUGCAGUCAUCGCCCUGGCCAUCUUCCUGGUGGAGUCGGACCUCCAGCACAAAGACGUGGUUGUUGGCUACUUGUUGAGCCUGUUACGGGGCCUUCCUUGUGUGCAGUGGGUGGAGGAGGCCUCCAGCAGAAAGGGGCGGGUGUACCUGUGCAGGUUCGUGGUGCCCAGCUUGCUGGGUGUGACCCGCGCCUUUGGUCGCUAUAGCAACGGAGGCGAGCCGCUGCUCUCACAGCUCUUCCCCAAGGGGGCGCCCGAGACUCCCCGCGUCACCGUGGAGACCGAUGGGGUGCGGCGGCGCUCCUUCAACGAGUUCCGCUCCAUCAUGCCCAGCUCGCUGCUCACGGCGUGCCAGGGGGACACACUCCGACGCAAGAGCGCCCUGCUGGCAGAGGGCAUACAGGGCAGUCCAGAGAGGGGUGGUGCGUCUCCCUGUUCCCCCACUACUCCUGGACCCCACUACUUUGAAGGGUCGUACUUGCCUGAUGGCAGUGCAGUGGACCCACACUACUACUUCAGCACGGUCAGCUCCAGCUUCUCUGUGUCGCCGCUCUUCACCGGGACCAGCGGCCGAGACAUCAGCGUCCCCCUCGAGCUGCUCAGACAGCUGCUGGACAUGGUGAAGCGCUUUGUCUCGGAGCCCUUGCUGAAGGCACUGGACGCCACUCUGACAGAGGUCGCUGAGGCCAACCCUGGUCUGGACCUGUUCUACACCAGCUUCAGUGACCCGCUGUAUGUGGGCAUGUUCAAGAUGCUCAGAGACACCCUCUACUGCAUGACAGACCUCCACAGCUCGUUUGUGAAGGAGGUGCAUGACUUCGUGCUGGAGCAGUUCAGCAGUAGCCAGUCGGAGAUGCAGCGCGUCCUCCACGAGUCUGACCGGUUGCUGGGGGAACCCAGCCCGCUGAAGCUGCGUUGCCAGGCCAACGCCGCCUGCGUGGACCUCAUGGUGUGGGCCGUCAAAGACGAACAAGGAGCAGAGAAUUUGUGCACUAAGCUGUCGGAGAAGCUGCAGUCCAAGACGUCCAGUAAAGUAAUCAUUGCCCACAUGCCACUGCUCAUCUGCUGCCUACAGGGUCUAGGGCGUCUGUGCGAGCGGUUCCCAGUCAUUGCCCACUCUGCUACCAUGUCUCUACGGGACUUCCUGGUUGUGCCGUCACCUGUGCUGAUCAAACUCUACAAAUACCACAGUCAAUACAGCACGGCUGGAGAAAUCAAAAUCAGCGUGACCAAUGAGCACUCGCAGUCCACCUUCAACAUGCUGUCCAACAGGAAAGACCAGCCGUCCAUGUACGAGCAGCUUCGGGACAUCUCCAUUGAUAAUGUGUGCAGAUGUCUUACAGCUGGUCUGAUGAUGGAUGAUGUGAUUGUGGAAGCCUUCCUGGCCAGUCUCUCCAAUCGACUCUACAUCUCGCAGGAGAACGACAAAGAUGCCCAUCUGAUUCCGGAACACACCAUCCGCGCGCUGGGCCACAUCGCCGUGGCGAUGCGAGAUUCGCCGCGUGUCACGCAGACCAUCUUGCAGAUCCUGCAGCAGAAGUUCUGCCUGCCGCCGUCACAGCUGGACGUGCUCAUCAUAGACCAGCUGGGAUGCAUGGUCAUCACUGGGAAUCAAUACAUCUACCAGGAGGUGUGGAACCUGUUCCAGCAGAUCAGUGUGAAGGCCAGCUCUGUAGUCUACUCCGCCACUAAAGACUACAAGGACCAUGGAUACAGGCACUGCUCUCUGGCCGUGAUAAAUGCGCUGGCGAACAUCGCUGCCAACCUGCAGGGGGAGCUGUUGGAGGACGACCUCAUGGUAAACCUGCUGGAGCUGUUCGUCCAACUCGGCCUGGAGGGCAAAAGGGCCAGUGAAAGGGCCAGCGACAAGGGGCCUGCACUUAAGGCCUCCAGCAGUGCAGGAAACCUCGGAGUCCUGAUUCCUGUCAUCGCUGUGCUGACCCGGCGCUUGCCUCCCAUUAAAGAGGCCAAACCGCGGCUGCAGAAGCUCUUCAGAGACUUCUGGCUCUACUCCGUGGUCAUGGGCUUUGCUGUGGAAGGUUCUGGUCUGUGGCCUGAGGAGUGGUAUGAAGGUGUGUGUGAGAUCGCCAGCAAGUCCCCGCUGUUGACCUUCCCCAGUGGAGAGCCUCUGCGCUCGGAACUUCAGUACAACUCGGCCCUCAAGAAUGACACCGUCACCCCGGCGGAGCUAAGUGAGCUGCGGAGCACCAUUAUUAACCUGUUAGACCCCGCCCCCGAGGCUGCCGCCCUCAUCAACAAGCUGGACUUUGCCAUGUGCACCUACCUGCUCUCUGUCUACCGACUGGAGUACAUGAGGAUGCUGCAUUCUAAUGAUCCAGACCGCUUCCAGCUCAUGUUCCGCUACUUUGAGGACAAGGCCAUCCAGAAGGACAAGUCUGGGAUGAUGCAGUGUGUGAUCUGUGUGGGGGAUAAGGUCUUUGAGGUGUUCCUGCAGAUGAUGGCAGAAAAGCCCAAGACCAAAGAGCAUGAGGAGGAGCUAGAGCGCCAUGCUCAGUUCCUGUUGGUCAACUUUAACCACACCCACAAACGCAUCCGCAGAGUGGCAGACAAAUACCUGUCUGGAUUGGCUGAAACUUUUCCUCACCUGCUGUGGAGUGGUCGUGUGCUGAAGACCAUGCUUGACAUCUUACAGACCCUCUCUCUGUCUCUGAGCGCUGAUAUCCACAAGGACCAACCGUAUUAUGACAUCCCAGACACGCCCCAUCGCAUCACUGUCCCAGACACCCAUGAGGCACGAGAGAGCAUCGUGAAGGACUUUGCGGCACGCUGUGGGGAGAUCCUGAAGGAGGCCAUGAAGUGGGCUUCUUCUGUCACCAAGUCCCACCUACAGGAGUAUCUGAAUAAGCAUCAGAACUGGGUGUCGGGUCUCUCUCAGCACACAGGGCUGGCUAUGGCCACUGAGAGCAUCCUCAACUUUGCCGGCUACAACCGCCAGAGCACCACACUAGGGGCUGCUUUUCCACAGAGCACCCAGUUAACAGAGAGACCCAGCUGUGUGAAGAAGGACUACUCCAACUUCAUGGCCUCCCUCAACCUGCGCAACCGUUACACUGGAGAGGUGGCAGGCAUGCUGCAGUAUGCCCAGAUGACCCACACGGAGUCGGACCUGAGCAGACUGAUGGUACAGCAGAUGACCGAAGCUCUGGAGACCAAAACUCACGACACUUUCACACAGAACAUGUUCAAGAUGACCGCUUUGCUCAUCAGCACCAAAGACUGUGACCCGCAGCUCCUCCACCACCUGUGCUGGUCCCCACUGAAGAUGUUCACUGAGCACGGCAUGGAGACGGCCAUCGCCUGCUGGGAGUGGUUCCUGGCCGCUCGCGAUGGGAUGGAAGUGCCGUUUAUGCGUGAGAUGGUAGGUGCCUGGCAAAUGAGCGUGGAGCAGAGGAUGGGUUUAUUCUCGGAGGCGGAGCCUGAAGCCGACCCCCUGGCCGCCUCGGAGGAGAGCCAGCCAAUGCCCCGCCCACCUGAGGUCACGCCUCACUGCCUCUGGAUUCAGUUUCUAGUGCAGAGGUUUGAGAUUGCAAAGUACUGCAGUGCUGAUCAGGUGGAGAUGUUCACCAGCCUCCUGCAGAGGGCGCUGUCGCUCAGCGUAGGAGGAGCCAGGAGUAGCCUCAACCGCCAUGUCGCCGCUAUAGGACCCCGAUUCAGGCUCCUUACUCUUGGCCUUACUCUUCUCCAUGCUGAUGUGGUGACCAACGCCACCAUACGCAACGUCCUGAGAGAAAAGAUCUACUCCACAGCCUUCGACUACUUCAGUGCGACUCCACGGUUCCCCACCCAGAAUGAGAAGCGUCUGCGGGAGGACAUCAGCAUCAUGACCAAGUUCUACGCCAGCCUGCUCUCCGACAAGAAGUACCUCACAGCCAAUCAGCUCGUCCCACCAGAUCCUCAGGAAAUGAGUGUAAACAGCCUGUCCGUGAUGGCGGUGACGGACUCCCGCAGUAGUCUAGAUGCAGCGGUGGGCUCCAGACAGCCAGCCAAUCAGGGCUGGAUCAACACCUACCCGCUCUCCAGUGGACUGUCCACUAUAUCAAAGAAAUCCGGUCUGUCUAAGAAAAGUAACCGAGGCACCCAGCUCCAUAAGUACUACAUGAAGCGCAGAACCCUACUGCUGGCCCUGCUGGCCAGUGAGAUUGAGCGUCUGACCACCUGGUACAACCCACUGUCCACCCAGGAGCUGGUCAUCUCGGCCGAGCCGUUGGUGGAGACCAGCAUCGCCAACUGGAGGUCCAAGUACCUGAGUCUGAGCGAGAAACAGUGGAAGGACCACGUCAACCUGUCCUGGAGCAUCUCCCCCUACCUGGCCUUGCAGCUGCCCGCCAGGUUUAAAAACACGGAUGUGAUCGCAGCGGAGGUGACUCGUCUGGUGCGCUUGGACCCAGGAGCAGUCAGUGAUGUUCCUGAGGCUGUGAAGUUCCUGGUGACGUGGCACACGAUUGAUGCUGAUUCGCCGGAGCUGAGCCACAUCCUGUGCUGGGCAGCAGCGGACCCGCCCACCGGCCUCUCCUACUUCUCCAGCAUGUACCCACCUCACCCCCUCACCGCCCAGUACGCCGUCAGAGUACUGCGCUCCUUUCCACCGGAUGCAAUCUUGUUCUACAUCCCUCAGAUUGUGCAGGCUCUCCGCUAUGAUAAGAUGGGCUAUGUAAGAGAGUACAUUCUGUGGGCAGCACAGAAGUCUCAGCUGUUGGCCCACCAGUUCAUCUGGAACAUGAAGACCAACAUUUACCUAGACGAGGAGGGACACCAGAAAGAUCCUGACAUUGGCGAGCUGUUGGAGCAGUUGGUGGAAGAGAUCACUGGCUCUCUCUCUGGUCCUGCCAAAGACUUCUACCAGCGCGAGUUUGACUUCUUCAACAAGAUCACCAACGUGUCCGCCACUAUCAAGCCCGUCCCCAAAGGCGAUGAGAGGAAGAGGGCGUGUCUCCGAGCCCUGGCCGACAUCAAGGUGCAGCCAGGCUGCUACUUGCCCAGUAACCCUGAGGCCAUUGUGCUGGACAUUGACUACAAGUCUGGCACUCCGAUGCAGAGUGCUGCCAAAGCUCCGUACCUGGCCAAGUUCAAGGUGAAGCGAUGUGGAGUCAGUGAGCUGGAAAAGGAAGGUCUCCUGUGCCGGUCAGACUCUCUUGACGAGGCGGGCAGUGAGGAGGAGGUCCAGAGGAUAUGCUGGCAGGCGGCCAUCUUUAAAGUCGGCGACGACUGUAGACAGGAUAUGCUAGCCCUGCAGAUCAUUGGCCUCUUUAAGAACAUCUUCCAGCUGGUGGGUCUGGACCUGUAUGUCUUCCCCUACCGAGUGGUUGCCACGGCACCAGGGUGCGGCGUCAUUGAGUGCAUCCCAGACUGCAAGUCGCGUGACCAGCUGGGCCGUCAGACGGACUUCGGCAUGUACGACUACUUUAGGAACCAGUACGGAGAUGAGUCCACUCUGGCCUUUCAGAAGGCGAGGUAUAACUUCAUCCGCAGUAUGGCUGCCUACAGUCUUCUACUCUUCCUGCUCCAGAUUAAAGACAGACACAAUGGCAACAUCAUGCUGGAUAGCCAGGGACACCUCAUCCACAUAGACUUUGGCUUCAUGUUUGAGAGUUCUCCGGGCGGAAACCUUGGCUGGGAGCCAGACAUCAAGCUCACGGACGAGAUGGUCAUGAUCAUGGGGGGAAAGAUGGAGGCCACGCCCUUCAAAUGGUUCAUGGAGAUGUGUGUGCGCGGAUACCUGGCCGUCAGGCCGUAUAUGGAUGCUGUUGUUGCCCUGGUAACAUUGAUGUUGGACACGGGUUUGCCAUGUUUCCGUGGACAGACAAUCAGAUUGCUCAAGCAGCGUUUUAGUCCCAGCAUGAGUGAGAAAGAUGCAGCAGCCUACAUCAUCAAAGUCAUUCAGAACUGCUUCCUGAGCAGCAGGAGCAAGACAUACGACAUGAUCCAGUACUACCAAAACCAGAUCCCAUACUAGGACAUGUGCCUGUUCUCAUGCGUGUGUGUGUGUGUGUGUGUGUGUGUGCGCGCGUGUGUUCUGGUGUGUGCGCGCGUGUGUGUGGUAACUGCCUGCUGUGCUCUCUCAUACUAGUGAAUGGCCCACUCUUCUCUGUUACCUUUGUUCUCUGUACACCUCAUAGAUCAGGCUGCUGAAGGAGUUUAUUAUCUUGAAGAAAAAACUACAAAUCCCAACUGCUACCAUCAACAAUAAUAUGAGUAAAUAAUUAAUAACUACAACUAUGUUUCACUGAUAAGAACCUAGUGUAUUUGGUGUAAGAUAAAAACAAAAAACAGUGUAGGCCUGCUUCACAUCAGCUACAAUGAUAAAUGAAUACUCCCACAUAGUAUGGGAGUCAGUGUCAAUGAGGAUGGCCUUAGACAAAACCUUUAACCAGAUAUGUGAGAAAACCUUUAACCGGAUAUGUGAGAAAACCUUUAACUGGAUAUGUGAGGCAAAUAAAAAAUCUAGUCACAGGUGUUGCUCCUGCAGCUCACAAACAUGCUUUUAGCGAAGAUGCACAAGAGGGCGCUGUACCUCUCUUUAACAGCACAAUGUGUACAACACUCCAAUUAUAACUAGCCUACAGUACAAAACAAACUUACUUUAGUUAAGGUAAGCUUACUAACUAAACAUGUGCAUUACUGAUUUGAAAAAUAAUAAGGCUUAUGAUUUAGCUAAAUGUAAUCAGUUUGACAGACCAGAAACUGAGGAGAUGUUUUAACCACAUUCAGUGAAAGAUGUUUUAUGGACUUCAUACAUCUAAAAGCACAGAGGAAAGUGACACUGUUCAUUUCUAUGGUUAUCUGUUGAGCUAGUGUUGGCAGUGUGCACAUUGCUUCCUGGGAUACAGUAUGUAGUUCCCUGAGAAAUGCCCUUGAAUGCUUCCAAAUUAAUAGAAGACAAAUGUCAGGUUUACUGGAAACACCUACAACAGUCUGUUCCUGGUUUACACUGUUCAUGCUUGCAUGGCAAGCAGGAGGAUUGUAGAGCACAUUUUCUUAUAUUUUACCAUCAGCAUUCUUAUUGAGUAAAUCUCUAUGAUGUCAGCACAACAUCUCUCCACUGUAUUUGUACCAGCAUCUGAUUGAACUGUUGUGACCAAUAACUGUUGAUUAUGUUGAAUGACAUGGGAUCAAAGUUACUGAUUGGGUAGGGCAGGUGUCAGCUCUUAAAAUGGCAGAUUGGUCAGUUGUCCUCUGAAUAUUUGAAACCUGGUGCAGAUAUUUUUUGAUUAAUGAGAACGCUUUGUUGUGAGCAGAUGAUCAUUGGAGAUACCCUUUGAUAUUGAAAUUCAUGGUCCUCCAUAAUAACAUCUGAUGUUUACUUCUAGCAUAGAGUAUAGAACACUUUAUAGCAUAGAAUGCUCUGUACUCUUGGGUUCUAGAUUAAAAGCUCCUCACAGUGAGAAAUAUUCCACUGCAAGUUUGAGUGGUGUCACAUUCACAAAGCCCAGGUGUACUGUGCUUUCUGUCUUAGAGUAUAAGGACUGUUAGUAGUGUGUUUGUAUGUGCGGCUGUGUGUGUUUGCUGUGUGUGUGUGCGUGUGAUUUAUAUAGUAGGAGUUGGCUACUCUUUGCUAAACUGAUUUUCAGACCUUGCAUCCUUAUCUUGCAUCACCUUUUCUAUCCUCAAGUCUUUUUGAAAUGUGUAUGAUGUUUGUGAUAUUUAAUCAAAUAAAUUAUGAACUGAA